AUUCAGGCAGGGUGCGUGGUGGAACAACAAGGACAUUGACUUCGGACACGAUGGCAGCCAAGACGAAGGAGGCACAGAAGUUCCUACGCGAGACGAGCCAUAUCACACCCGCUUCGCAAGACCUAGAAGACCCGACUCGUUCUGAGACAGCCGCGACGGAAGCGGAGCUUGCAACUGUGCAGAUCGACCAGUUGGCGUCAGCCGCAACAACCUCCAAGCACCCCAGCCAAAGCCGGAUCAUCUGGAACCUUAUGACGGGAAGUUACGUGAACCUGUUCCUUCUGCUCAUGCCGGUCGCUGCCUGGUCUUACGUGGACAAGUGGGGCGACAUCCCCAUCUUUGUGCUCAAUUUUCUCGCGAUGGUACCCCUCGCGAACAUUCUCGGCGAAGCCACGGAAGCACUUGCAGAACACUGCGGUGACACCAUUGGCGGCCUUGUCAACGCGACGUUUGGAAACGCCGUCGAGGUGAUCAUUGCAGUGUUCGCGCUGAAGAAAGGCGAAAUCGCGCUCGUCCAGAGCUCUCUUCUCGGCUCCAUGUUGUCGAACCUUCUUCUCGUACUCGGAUGCUGCUUCAUCGCGGCCCACGUUGGCGGUGCGUCUGAGGCGUCAUUCAGCGGCCGCGCCGCCGCCACGAAUAUGUCGCUUCUCUUUGUGACGAGCUUUGCCAUGCUUGUACCGACGUACUACCACUACUCGAACUUUGCCUCGUCAACGACCAAGCGUGAAGAGGAAGUCCUUGUCAUGUCUCGCGUCUCCGCGAUCUUCCUCAUCGCCAUGUAUCUUCAGCUCCUCGUGUUUCAACUUCGCACUCACCGCCGUCGACCAUCCGACGACACUACCGCAACCGACGACGGGCCAAGCGAGGAAAACCACGAGCCGCAGCUGUCCUUUUGGAGCAGUCUUAUUGUCUUGGCACUGUCGACCGGCCUCGUCUCCCUCUUUUCCGAGUUCCUCGUUGCGUCCGUGGACGGCUUUACCGAGUCUGCCAACAUCAGUCGAUCUUUUGUCGGGAUUAUCUUGCUCCCGAUUGUCGGCAAUGCCGUCGAGCACGUGACUGCGAUCAAAGUGGCCCUGAAAAACAACAUGGAGCUCGCUCUCGGAGUCGCUGUCGGGUCUGCGACUCAGAUUUCGCUCUUUGUCGUGCCUUUCUGUGUCGUUGCAGGGUGGGUGAUGGGCCAGCCCAUGACGCUGGCGUUCCCAACCUUCGAUGCCGUCACGUACGUGAUCAGCAUCGUAAUCGUGUACGCAAUUGUGUCGAACGGAACGUCCAACUGGCUCGAAGGGUCCAUGCUCCUCACCCUCUACUGCCUCAUUGCCGUCGCCCUGAUUGAGAUGGAGCUGAUCGACGAUUAGCCAGCGACGGAAUCCCUCGACACCUCGCUCCACUCACCCAAAGACACCCCCAAUGUGACUUACGCCACCGCCGUAACAUGACAUUGUACAACUGC